GGUCGCCCUCACGAUGCGCGGUUCCCCAGAUUCUUCCCCGCGUCAUGUUUUCCCCUCUCCAGCUGUUCGAGGGUGAUUCCAGGGAUGCCUUGUGGCGCAUCUAAUAUGUCGUUAGACGAGGUGGCUCGACAUCAAUGACAUUGUGGCCGGCGAGGACCUCAGUCCAGACUUGCACUCCUACUUGUUGCCAACGCUGCAAGGUGGUUGUGCCAGCAUAUAUAGCGCGCGCAAGUACGCCUCUCGGUUUCGUCCAGUCGUGAUUUUGGCUGCGCGCAUCAAAGCUCCGAUACACCAACAGCAGUCACCAAAAUGGCGUCCUCACCUGCAGCGAUCGACUACAAUGUCAUUAAUCCGUCCAAAAAAUGGCGGAUGCUUCGAGUUCAGUGGCGAUACGGCCUUUGGGCACUGUGGACGUCGAUCGGCUCGAUGAUGCUCGGUUUUGACUACGUCAUUGGAAGCCAGCUGGCCGCCCUCUCCGAGUUCCAAAAGUUUUUCGGUGUUCAACAGCCAGACGGCAGCUGGAUCAUCCCGGCAACGUACCUGUCGGCAUGGGGCGCCAUCGGUCUGGGAUGCGACGUGGUAGCUUCAUGGCUCGCAGCGCCUCUGCUGGAGAAAUACGGUCGCAAGCCUCUCAUUCUCUUCUCAGCAGGUGUUUCUGUUGUCGCCAUUGUUCUCCAGCAGCUGGCUACCAAUUGGCGGGUCCAUCUUACUGGUCGCGCAGUAAAUGGUAUCGCCAUUGGCAUCAUGUUUACCAUCUCGCCACUCUGGAUUGGGGAAACUUGCCGUCCAGAGCUUCGGGGCUUCUGGCUUUGCUUCUUCAACACCAGUAUUAUCUGGGGACAGAUGCUCGUGGUCAUCGUAUCUCGCGCGAGCAGCUCGCUCGACACAAAGUGGCAGUGGUGGAUUCCCAUCAUUUGCAUGUACAUCUAUCCACUUAUGCUCAUCGUUGUCUGGCCAUUCUUCCCCGAGUCGCCAUACUGGCUAGUACGCGAGGAAAAAUAUGAGGCUGCACGGAAGUCUCUUGAGCGAAUGUACGGCUUCGACGAUCCCAACUUCUACGACAUCGAGAUCCGACGCUUGCAAGAGGACGUGCGCCUCUGCGAAGAGAUGACAGGCACAAGCAAGUCCGAAAAACUCAUUUUUGGCUUCCUCCCCUCGCCGACAGCCGAGUUGCAGUGUUUCGACAAGCAGAACAGGAAGCGAACGUUGACAGCCAUCUGUGCAGCCAGUUCACAGCAGGUCAUCGGGGCCGCGUUUGUCAUUGGAAACGCGACAUACUUUCUGGAGCUUCUGGGCGUCAAGCAGUUUUUCGACGCCUCCGUGGUCUUAUAUGUCAUCAUGCUUCUCUCUUCCGCCGCUGCGUUCCCUCUGAGCGAGGUGGUGGGGCGCCGGACACUGAUCGUCCCGUCGCAGUUUUUGCUCUGCUUCUUCUUGCUACUCAUUGGAAUAAUGGGCUGCGUUCCUAACCAGGCAAAGGCGGGCUGGGCUAUCGUGGUCUUCAUUUACCUCUGGGCCAUCGUCUACCAAGUCAGUAUCGGCGCCACUGGCUUUGUUUUGGCUAGUGAGGUGGCCACCCUGCGACUUCGGGCUGUCACACAGGCAUUGGUGACAAUGAGCAAUGGUGUCUGGGGUCUCAUCAUGCAAUUCACGAUCCCGUACAUGAUCAACCCUGACGCCGGCCACCUUGGCGGCAAGGUGGGGUUCAUCUUUUUCGGUUUGGGGCUAAUUGUUUCGGUUCUUGGGUGGUUCCUUUAUCCAGAGACCAAGGGCGUCCGUUUUGAGAAACUCGAUGAGCUUUAUGCCAAGGGUGUGAAGCCUCGACACUUCAAGAAGCACGAGAAUCAGACGGACAUUGAUAACCAAAUCGGCUCGAAGCAGGAAGAAAUUGAAGCAGAGUCCCGGGUCGAGACAAAGAUUGAUCAGCAGGCGGCAUAAUGAUUGAAAGGGGUUUCAGAAGUCCUCCGAAGGCCCUGUAAAUUUUACUUGGGGCGAAUUGCUCCACCAUGUUAAGGUCGGGCGAGUGGAAG